AUGAUGUUUGGUCUCAAGAACAAGAAGCGCCUAAAUGCCGCAACUACUGGCUUCUCUUCCGAACCCAAGCCUUCCGCGUCAACCCGUACUAUUCAACGCAACUCAUUCGAAAAGGUAGUUACUGCCGGCAAGAACCUCUGCUACAACCUUUCCGUCACCCUGACCCGCAAACCUUGUCGACAGACUUCGCCGAUAAAUCGGUCCACCUCAGCAAACCGCCCAUCAAGCAACGCAUCGACUGCCACAACAUCCAACCAGAACUUAGACAACUGUGACGCGGGUUCGCUAUGUCAAAAGUCUUCAAGCUCUACGUUACUAACUGAAAGUUCUCUCCUGGUUCUCGAUUGUGGCGAGACGUUCUACGUGCCUGGCAUCUCUCCUUCUAGGUCCCACCUGGAUACAGGACGAGCACCUAUUCAGGAACCAAACGGUCUUUCAGUAUCCUCAAUGGAAUCUGCCACGUCUUGGAACAACACCAAAUCUUUGGACCAACCUGAAGAGGAAACUCCUGCGGUGCCAGAGCAGCUCUAUGUCAAGAAAGGGAUGAAAAAUCGUUUGUGUCGACAUCUCAAGGCUACUUACAAGAAUUUAAUCCUCCCACGAUUGCUCCGUUUUGGUCGCAAUUCCAGUAGAUAUGGCUCCGCCGUUGAUGAAGAUGCGCCACCCGCAAUCAAUGAGCCAGUCGACCAGUGCGAAACCGUGGAUACUGAUUCAGACGACGACGACGACGACGACGAAGAAGAAGAAGAAGAAGAAGAAGAAGAAGAAGAAGAAGAAGAAGAAGAAGAAGAAGAAGAAGAAGAAGGUGAUGGCUCCCACCCACGUUGUGACUUCCAGACUAUUGCAGCCAUUUCCGAUACGAAGUACCAUGAGCUCUUCAAGGCAUGCAACCUGUUCCCUUCCGCCGAUUGUGUAGCUGUAGUGCGUCGCGACAAAGGUGCAUACAAUGCAGCAACUUUUGUCGAUGUCCUCGACGGUGGAAAAACCCAUAAAUUCGUGGUCCGCGUGCCUGGUCACGGAACACUUGAACACUGGACAGAUGAAGAUGCAUACGUGUUAGAGCGCGAGGCCCAACUCAUUGAGUACAUUCGCAAGAACACUGCCGCGCCCGUCGCACAGGUUAUCGACUAUGCUACUGGCCACGAAAAUGCGCUUGGCUUCCCUCACAUUGUGAUGACGAUGCUGCCCGGUAAGCCUGCUUACACGCUCUGGUUUCCGGAAGGAUACCCUUUUGUAGGGGACGACGAUGUCUUCCGUGAUGCGGACGUCCCCCCUCCCUACAUCGAGAAAAGGCGCGUUGCAUUUCUACGCUCAUUAGCGAAGGUAAUGACACGUAUCCAAAGCCUUGAGUUUGAUGGCAUUGGAGUGCCUGCCUUUGAUAACGAUGGGAGACUUACUGGCACUGGCCCUACAUGUCAUUUCAAGGGCGCGUCCGAUGUUUCAUUCAAACGUCAACCAGCGGCGACUACUCAGGAGUAUCUCCAGGCUCGAAUGAAAUCCAAGGUGAAACAUUUGGAUGAGCAGCACGAGCUCGGUGAUUUGGACGGCCUCCUUGAAAACCUUGGUAUUCGAACCAUCCUCAACCUGGUCUUUGCUCAACCUGCUUUCCAUGGACCGGCCGGCGAAACUUUUACUAUCCAUCAUAACGAUCUUGAUCUGCAAAACAUUCUUGUCGAUGAAGAAGGCAAUGUAACCGGCAUCAUCGAUUGGGACAAUGCCAUGUCUGCACCACGCUGCGUCGGUGCUUCAGCCGUUCCAAGGUUUCUACGCAACGAUUGGUUCCCAGAGUGGGAAUCCAGGCUGGAGGUCUCGCCAUAUAUGGCAUGGAACUACCAUCACUACCGUGAGAUCUAUGCAGCGGCUCUGGUUGAGGCCGGCAACAUCGAGGAUGCCAAAUACACAACUAAAUCUGCCCUCUAUCAAGCCGCUAUCGCUACAUGCACCGAAGGUGUGAGCGACUACGACUUCAUACCGAAAUUACUCCACGAGAUUCCCCAUUGUCGCGUCGAUGCCAGUGACUUCUUAAAAGGUCUGGGCAUGGGUGCUUGGCAUUCAGCAAUUCGCAUGCUCGAGACACACUUCGCAAAGAUAUUCGAACCAGAGCUGCCUUCCGAAGGUCUACUUGAGGCGCUAGACGUCGAGCUCGAGAUGCAGACCACUUGGUGGUCAUGUUGUGAUGAGCUUCUUAACCUUUACGAGGAUGAAAAGACUGAUGACGUUUCUCGAUCGUCACACAUCAACUAUUGA